AUGAGCCACGCCUACGCGGUGCUCCAGGAGCGGAGCUUGGGCGCGGCCACGGUCGCGUGCUGCCCGACCAUGGACAUCGUCGCCGUCCUUACGACAGACGAUCAGCUUCUUGUCUACCGCACGGUGGCCUGGCAGCGACUGCUGCACGUGACGCCCUCGGACGUUGACGCGCCCAUGACCGUCCUCGCAUGGCGACCCGAUGGGCUCGUGCUGGCUGUGGGUCAUGCAAACGGCAAGAUCGUGCUCUACGACAUGGAGACGGGCGAGGCGACGAUGCAGCUUUUCGGCAAAGUGCACGCAUGGGAGCACACACAAGCCAUUUCCGCUCUCGACUGGGCUGCGGCGGGCGCAGCGCCAUCGACCCACCGGUAUGAAGAUCGAACGUCGCGUUGCGUCAUGAACCCGCCGAGCGAGUCCUCGACCGAGACAGCCGCCAAGUUCACAAAGGUUCCGGCGCUCGACGACAGCCGCCACAUCCUCGUCUCGGGCGAUACCAGCGGCACGAUUCUCUUCUGGGCACUUGGCUCGGUGUGCAUUCGCCGACUGCAGCCAGCCGGCGUCCAGCAUGUGACCGAGCUGCACCUUCUGCCCGACUUGUCGGCGCUGCUCAUCGGCUCACAAGAAGACUCGAGACAUCAGAUCCUGUCGCUCGCGCUGUCCGACCUAUCGGCGCACCAAGGCCAGCUCUUUGUCGUCUCCCACCACGUGCGCGAGGUCCAAAAGCUGCUGCACACACUCGACACGACCUUGAAGCAGCUCACAACCGAGUGGACCAACGGAACGCGGGUCUUGGAGGCAAAGAUGCGGCUGCUGUCGUCUGCGUACGCAAAGUACUCGUCGUUUGAAGCGCACAUGUAUGCACUGCUCUGCGCGGGCCUUGGCUUUCCGGCGCUGACCAACUUCUUCGCCCAAGACAUGCAAGAGCAGAGCCUGCAGCGCAGUCAAAAAGCCUUCUUCCACGCCUGUCACUCGAUGCAGACUCUGAUCCACGAGCAGCUCCGCGUCGCCGCCUCCAACGUGCUCUUCCGCCUCUGCGAGCUCCGGGGCUUGACGUCCACGGCGCCGUCCCACCGUCCAGCGUCUGUAGUGCACCUCUCGGCCAUGGUUGCUAUGGUUGAAGUGCUAUUGCUCAAGCUCGAGCAGCUACAGAUUGCGCUGCGGGAGACGGAGCUGGACUACGCACUGCUCUUUCGGUGGUUUGGCACGAUCAUGGCGGCCCACGGCACGGCGCGCCCCAAGGCCGCGACGAAGCUCUCGCUGCCCGAUACGAAGCGCCUCGGUCGUUUCUUGUUGCGCGCCACGACCACCGCCAUGGCCUUCCGCGGGCACUGCAACAGCACGCGAAGCCAUCACGAUCCAGCCGAUGGUUUUGAGGUGGAAACGACGUUUGGAAACCCCGUCGCCGAGAUGCUCGGCAAGUGUCCGUGGAAGGCAAGCCAACGCCUCGACACGUCUGCGUCCUUUGCCCUCGACGGCGAGGAAGAAUACGCGUCGCACAGCCUCGUCGCGCUCUGCGCUGCGAUCGAAGCGACGUGGCACACGCAGCUUUUGGGCGAAAACGGCUUGGGCCAUCCGUCGGGUCCACCUGCGUCGCCAGUGCUCGUCACUGCGUCGUCGAGCAGCUUUGAAAUGGGGACGCUCGCGUCAGCGCCGCUCCUUGUGUUUCCGCUCAACGGCGCGAUCGGGCUCGGGCGCUGCGUCCAAGGGCGUUGGCACAUGGCAGUGCUUCGACUACCGUCCGCAGAUCGACUCAUUGACCAGUGCCUCUACUCGCGCGACGGGCAGAGCCAGCUCGCUCUUCUUCACGCGUCUGGCUCGGAGCAGCGGCUGUCGCUGGUGGCGCUCGCGUCGGUUGCAUUUGCUCCGCCAUGGACGACCGAUGUGGCGUGGACGACCAGCGCGUUGGAGACACUCGAGGCGCACGAGGUGACGACAUUUCGAAAGCAGCGAGCGCUCUCGACAGCCAUCUUUGAUGCGGUCGUUGGCAACGGCGUACGCGGUGUGCUUGGCGUCCUAUCCAUAGCCGACCGACGCCUCAUGCUCUUUGACGCGGAAGACGACGAAGACGACGACGAGGACGAAGAAGAUGACGAUGACAUGCACGAAUAG